UCUCAACCUGCGCUCCCUCCUCUUAAAAGAAGCAGUUUGUGUGUGUUUGUGUGUGUUGUGUUUGAGUGUGUGUGCGUGUGAGUGAGUGUGUGGUUGUGUGUGUGUUGGGUGGGUUAGGGGGGUUCUCAAGUCGUCCCACCUCCCUCUCUCACAGUCAAGACGCUCCAAAGUUGCGGAGCGCUCCGCGGAAACUCUCCAAAGAGUUUUCAGCUUCAGAACUGCACCGAGUUUACGGAGACAGAAAAAAAGUUUCAGGAAAAACUUAACUCAGCCUCGGGGAGCGUCGGGAGUAUCGAAGGGGCGGAAUGGUCCUCCAGCCGCGCGGCACAUGUGAGCCAAGAGGCCACCGGUAAAGUGUUUUUAUUUCAAAGGAGACGGGGAAAGUAUAAGAAACGAGCCGGUAUAGGAGAGACCUCUGAGAGCCGCCUGUCAGGAGCGUCCUGUCACCUUCACACCAUGGCCUGUCUGCCGGGAUUCAGCUGGGUCUUCCUGAGCGCGCUCCUGCACGCUGUGGCACCCUGGGGCGCGCACCGACCGGACAGACCGAGGCAGUGCGACGCACCGAAGUCGCAAAGUGACAUGAACUCUUUCCUGUGGCGGGUAAAGCGUGCGCCUCCUCACCCACCCUCUUACUUAUUUGGUACCAUCCACGUGCCCUACACUCGGGUCUGGGACUUUAUACCUGACAGAUCCAAGCAGGCUUUCCACAGCAGCCGCAACGUGUUCUUCGAGCUGGACCUGACGGACCCUCUGACCAUCUCCAAGCUGACCAACUGCCAGCUGCUGCCCCACGGGGAGAGCCUGCAGACGCUGCUACCUCGAGAUCUGUACCGCCGCCUCAAGCGCCACCUGGACUACGUCAAACACAUGAUGCCUUACUGGAUGACCUCAGAUCAGCGGGGUCGUGGACUGUACGCUGACUACCUGUUCAACGCCAUCGCAGGGAACUGGGAGAGGAAGAGGCCGGUGUGGGUGAUGCUGAUGAUCAACUCGCUGACGGAGUGGGACGUCCGGUCCAGAGGGACGCCUGUGCUGGACCUGUACCUGGCGCAAGAGGCUGAGAGGAUGGGGAAGACGACAGGGGCGGUGGAGCGGGUGGAGGAGCAGUGUCACCCCCUCAACGGGCUCAACUUCUCUCAGGUGCUGUUUGCUCUGAACCAGACACUCCUGCAGCACGAGGGCGUCCGAGCAGGCAGCCUGCAGGGCUCCUUCACCACCGAGGACCUCAUCACACACUACAACUGUGGAGACCUCAGCCACAUCAUCUUCAACCAUGACACCUCACAGCUGCCUCACUUCAUCAACAGCUCGCUGCCAGCUCACGACCGCACGACCGCGCUGCAGAUCGACAGCUACUUCCGCCGGGAGCUCAUCUACAAACGGAACGAGAGGAUGGCCCGCCGUGUGUCCGCCUUGCUGCAGAGAAAUCCCAACCAGACUUUCUUUUUCGCUUUUGGUGCAGGUCACUUCCUGGGGAACCACAGCGUGCUGGAGCUCCUGAGGCAGGAGGGCUACGAGAUCGUCCACGUGCAUCCUGAUCACCCAGAGCCAGACACAGGGAGUAAACCAGCUGAAGACUCUGAAGGCACGGACCCCAGCACCUCAUCUACAGACAGCUGGAUGACCGGUUCCCCCGACACGGAGCUGGAGCUGGAGGAGCCGGAGGACAUGCCGGGCCUCGGGGGGGAGGAGCUGCCUCACAUCCUGCUCCCCGACAGCCUGAGCCAGCUGGAGGAGUUCGGACGACACAAACGGCCUCGCAAAACUCACAGAGGCCACGGGAGGCCCCGCCUCUUCAGUGACCUGUGGGUGCGCAUCGGGGACAGCACCACUCCUCCCCCCAGUGUGAGGAUAGUGAACGGCUAUGUGACCGUGGAGCCUCCUCUCACCCACCAGGAGCAGCACAGACGAACAGAAAGCUCCGUCACAAAGGAGCACCCUGACCCUGCCUCCCCCUCCUCUCCCCCCCCCACCCCCCGCUCUGCUCAGUCAGCCUCCGUGCACAGCGCGCUCACACCAUCGUGUAUUUUAGCCUGGCUGUUAUCACACAUGCUGCUCACCUCCUGACCGAGGAGACAACAACAGCGGUAUCUAAACACACACACACACACACACACUGCUGCCUUCUUCCAUACCAGAGCAGUGGAAUGUACCUGAUAAACAAGGAAUGAGCAUCUCACACGCAGGACGAGAGAUGGAGGAACAGUCCUGCUGUCGGCCUCCACCCACAGCGAGAGAUACAGCCUGAAGAAGACUUUACGAACAUUUACAAGUCUCCGAAUGUGCAGAAUAAGCUCUCAGCCAAGCAACCAAUGGACUGUGUUGGAGUUUGCAAACCUCAAUAAAGUAUUAUGGUGGAAUAACAAACACAUAACACAAUGAAAACAUGUUUUAAGAAGUUGUGUGGUGGAACAGAGGGCUGGGUAAUAUAUCAGUGUUGGGAAAUAAGACUAGAAAUCUUCUUAGAUUUUGGAUAACAUAAUAAAAGUGUUAUUUCUUCCUGGUUUUAAAGGCUGCAUUACAGUAGGGGGGAGGGCUUUUCUGAAUAUACCAGGUUAUUUCAGCACGUCUUCCUACUUGGACAUUAAAUCCACAGUACUGAUGAUCAUUUUUCCAAAUUAUCAUUGUGUAGUAUUUUGAGAAAGCAUCACAUUUCAACCCUAAAAUAAAAUAAGGAUACCGAUAUCAAGGUAUUUGGUCAUACAUAUUGGGAUAUGUGAUUUGUCUUCAUGUUGCCCAGCCCUGGUGGAACUUUCCAUCUACUAAAAUCUGUAAUACUGUAUAGAAUAAGACCAAGUGUUUCUUAAUAUUGAGAGUAGGACAUACUAAUAACAGUUAUUAUAACUCUGUGGUAAAUGAGUUGAAUGCAUAGAGUUAAACAGUACUGUGUAGGAGGUGGAGCACUCAGUUGCCACUUUUUUUGUAAAUUGUGCAUUUUGUUCAUAAAGAAAUAUUGUAUAUUUAUUAUUUCUGGAAGAAAAGAGUAUAUUUUCUUGCUUUUUUUGAAGAUAAAUGUAAAAAUAAACUUUGAAAACGAA